AUGGAGUCUACUGGUAUCCUUGAUGCAAAUAAUCCUGUUCAUCUUUUCACGCUGCACUUAAUUUUUAUUCCCAGGAUCACCAAGGCCCUUGAUGAGUUUAGAGAAGCAUUCAGCCACCACAAGAUACGCACAGAAAGAAACUGUUCCCCAAACCAAAUGUGGAUAAAUGGAAUGUUUCAUCCUGAUAAUCCACUGGCGCAUGCAGAGCUAGAUGAAGAGCCAUAUGAUUUGGAAAUGUACGGACAUGACCCCCAUGGACCAUCUUCAGUUGGAAGUGACAACAAUGUAAUUGUUGAAGCAGUCCACCUGCCGCAUGAUAACUUGCUAACAUAA